AUGAGAAUUCUGGCGGUAUUGUUGACGGUGUCUCUGGUGGGAGUCUGCCAUGGGAAGGGUGGUAAUAAGAAGCCACCAACUCAACCGGCGACCCCUGCUGCCAAGGGACAAGCCACUCCACAGGCACCUCAGAAUCCUCCUAAGGAUCCUACAACUAGUAAGGAAUCUCCUGCCGUAAAACCAGCUCCUCAACAAACAGCUAAACCAGGGUCAGUUCCUGAAGUUAAGCAGGAGAAAAAGCCACCUGCAAAUCUCCAGGGUAGUGUCAAGAAAGAACAGGCUCAAGUUCCACAAGAACAACAAGCUAAACCUGCCGAUAAGCCCGUAGAAUCUCCAGAAACAGCUGAGGAUAAUGUAGAAGAGAAGGUAAAGUCCAAUGAAGAUGGAAAACCAGCUCCUGAGCCAACUGGAUCUAAAGAUACUACUCUUCAGACUGAUAAUCCUACUGCAGGUCGCUCUAGUCUGGCUCCCCAGCCAGCUAGACAAGAUGGUUCAUCUGGAAAUACCAAUGCUAACAGAGAGGCCACUCCUCCCAAGCCAACCACACCCGUUCCUCUUAACCUUGCCAAUCCUAAUGAAUCCCAGAUAACUGUAGAGACAGGAAGCUAUAGUGGAGUAUCACUAAAGUCUUACACUCCAAAAGAUGGUCAUCAUAUCUCCUCAGUUGUUAAUGCUGAUAAGGAGCUAUGGACUGCCAAGGAUAAGGAAAAGUGUCUAUUGGCUGGUUCUUAUGCUAAGGGUGAUAUAGAACUUCUUUACCUAGAUAUUGAUAACAAUGGUCGCUUUGACUAUCAGUAUUUUGAAAAGGUAGAUGGAAAAUGGAAUGGUAUCACACAAGGAGACUUUUUAAAGAAACUAAAGGAGAGGUAUAACCCUGACAAUAUUCUAGAUCUUACCAGUCCAGAUAAAUCUAAGGUAAAGAUAGGGACGAAGGAAGAUAAGGGUCUAAAACAUAAGAACUUUAGCCUGAAGCAUGAUUGUGUUAUAUCCUUGGUAGUUGACGGUAAAGCUAUGCUUUGGACUGCUUCUGGAAAGGAAGAGUGCCUAUCUGCUAAAUUAUCAUCAAAGGGAGACUCUUCACUAGCUAUGAUUUGGGUUUAUGCGGGUAGUAGCAGUGGUUAUAAGUACUUUGAGAAGAAUGCUAAUGGAGAAUGGAAGAAGAUUACCGAGGAAGAACAUAACAAGAAGCUCAAGGAAUUGCAGCCACCAGCUAAGCCUGAAGAAUCUCCAGAAGUUCAUCGGGAUGAUUCUACAGAGGAUAAUCAGGCUAAUUUAGACCAGUCGGAUUCUAAGCCUGCAAACUCUUCCCUUUCCUAG